GGCCGCAGACACGAAGCCUCCCGGGUGGCUUACAGACGCUGCCAGCAUCGCCGCCGCCAGAGGAGAAAUGUCUGAAGUAAGACCCCUCUCCAGAGACAUCUUGAUGGAGACCCUCCUGUAUGAGCAGCUCCUGGAACCCCCGACCAUGGAGGUUCUUGGCGUGACUGACUCUGAAGAGGACCUGGACCCUAUGGAGGACUUCGAUUCUUUGGAGUGCAUGGAGGGCAGUGACGCGUUGGCCCUGCGGCUGGCCUGCAUCGGGGAUGAGAUGGACGUGAGCCUCAGGGCCCCGCGCCUGGCCCAGCUCUCCGAGGUGGCCAUGCACAGCCUGGGUCUGGCUUUCAUCUACGACCAGACCGAGGACAUCAGGGAUGUUCUUAGAAGUUUCAUGGACGGUUUCACCACCCUUAAGGAGAACAUAAUGAGGUUCUGGAGAUCCCCGAACCCCGGGUCCUGGGUGUCCCGCGAACAGGUGCUGCUGGCGCUGCUGCUGCUGCUGGCGCUGCUGCUGCCGCUGCUCAGUGGGGGCCUGCACCUGCUGCUCAAGUGAGGCCCCGGCGGCUCAGGGCGGGGCUGGCCCCACCCCCAUGACCACUGCCCUGGAGGUGGCGGCCUGCUGCUGUUGUCUUUUUAACUGUUUUCUCAUGAUGCCUUUUUAUAUUUAAACCCCGAGAUAGUGCUGGAACACUGCUGAGGUUUUAUACUCAGGUUUUUUGUUUUUUUUUUAUUCCAGUUUUCGUUUUUUCUAAAAGAUGAAUUCCUAUGGCUCCGAAAUUGUCACCGGUUAACUGUGGCCUGUACCCAGGAAGAGCCAUUCACUCCUGCCCCUGCCCACACGGCAGGUAGCAGGGGGAGUGCUGGUCACACCCCUGUGUGAUAUGUGAUGCCCUCGGCAAAGAAUCUACUGGAAUAGAUUCCGAGGAGCAGGAGUGCUCAAUAAAAUGUUGGUUUCCAGCAGUCUCUGGUCCUCUCUAGGGGGUUGGCAGCACCAGCACGGGCUUCCUCUCACCCCUAAUCAGAUCCUUCUACUGCAAAAGGGGACCGCACAUGCUGCCUUGGUUUGGCCCGACGGUUUGCCUUCUCCCUUGUCCCAGUCUGUGGCCUAAAAUCCGCUGUUGGGGGUUAUUUCCUUUGGGCUUUCCGUUCCUCCUUAGGGGAUGCCUGCCUCUCCCUGCACAGACUCCCCACCACAGGGAUGCAGCCGUGGCUCCGCUCACAGGGAGAGGUGUGGUGGGGAUUGGGGAGCAGGACAAGGGGCACCAGGGGCAGGAGGGCCAGGACCCUGCUUUGUACCUUUGUAGGCUUGGUACCUGCCCUGGGCCUUGGCCUCGUGCCAUUUGUAGACCCCACCAGGCCUCCCUCCCAGGACGUCGGCUCUGUGUCUGCCCUCCACCCCAAAUGUCAAAGCUGGGCUGGGCCGGCCACCAUUCUCCAGCCCCCAACCCCCCUCAUCCCCAGAGCUGGGAGAUGCAGCUGUUCAUACCUCCCAGGCUGGCUGGGCAGACCCUGCAUCCUGCUCACUCCUCCCUCCA